AUGCUUCGAAAGGCAUUGGCGUUGGUCCUGGAGUGGCUAGGCAAAUUCUCUUUUUGGCUUUCUGGUGUUGGGGUUCUUCUGCUUGAUUCCGUUGUUAUCGGGUGGGAUGAAGAAAACGCACUCUUGGGGGGUAAGGGCAUCAUGAUGGCUUCGGACUGUCGGCUGGGGCGCCGACUCCUUGUUUCCGUUUCCUCUUUGACUACUACUCUUCUUUCGUUCCUUUCAGCAUACACUUUGUUAUCAUGGUUCCCGGCGUUAGCGGCGGGCAUGGUAUUAUUGUUGCCUUGCUUCCGACCUUGCCUUCGACGCAUCCGCAUCGACCAACACCCUCGCCGCGCCGGCGUCAAGCCGCCCCAAGUUCUUGCCAUCCACCCUCCGGCGUGUUUCGCUGGGCUUGGUCCUGCGGCACAGCCGGAGGACCGCUUGAUUUCGCAACUACUGGAUGCGCGAGCUUCACAACAUCGAAAAAAGGACACUUAUGGCUAA